AUGACCACUUCUCUUGAUACCGAAAACACUCCAGACCUAAAGGUCGACGAGUCUCCCAUCUCCCCACUUGAACGCCGCAAUUCCCUAGAAAAGUACUUGCAACACCGCCCCGAGGCUCAAGACCUCAAGAAUCGCCACAUCCUCCUCGAUACCAAUGCUGCUCCGGCCCUGCAAGCCAAACAGGUAGAGCUCGAGCGUCAGCAGCAUUCCGAUAGCCUGAAGAAACACCUAGAGAAGAGACCGGAACGGGAGGAACUGGUGGAACGCAACAUCCUACCCAACUCUUUCGCCGCCCCAGCACUCCAGGCCAGCCAGAAGAGCCUGGACCGGCGCAUGCGGGCCGAUAGUCUGGAACAGAAGAUCCAACGUAGACCCACAGCCGAUCGACUUGUCGAGGAGGGAAUCUUGGAAGAGAAGGAGGUUCCUAUCGAGGACUAA